AAGGGUCAAUUAGACUGACUUUUUAUUGUUUAUUUUUUUUUUAAAGUGACUUAACAAAGACUAUUCUUCAUUUCUUGGUCCGAAACUUUUCCGGACCCAGAAAAAACUGAAACCUUUUAAACCUGUAUAAUCAUCAAAGAAUCCUGAAUUUACCUGUAUAAUCAUUAAGAAUCCAGCUUUGCAAUUCUCUUUCUGAAGAUUCUGUUCAUAGGCACAGAAUUCCUUGCAACUAUGGGGAAUGGAGAAUCAAACUGUGAUUAUCCUCGUGAUGAUAUUUUGCAGCAACCCUCUUCUUAUACAGGAAGUUCAAUGGAUGAUUACUAUCAACAAAGGCAACAGCCACAAAGUCCACAACGGAUCACUUCUCAUGCAGGAAGUUCAAUUGAUCAUUAUUAUGAGCACAGGCAGCAACCACAACAACCCGCUUCUUUUGCGGGAAGUUCAAUGGAUAACUAUGAACAACAAAUGAAGCAUCCAACAUACAUAGCUGAUAAUUUCAAUUCUCUUGAUCAGGUUAUUUCUGCACUAAGAGAAGCUGGUCUUGAAUCAUCAAAUUUAAUACUUGGUAUCGACUACACAAAGAGUAAUGAGUGGACAGGCAGAUAUUCAUUUCAUCGUAGAAGCCUCCAUGCAAUUGGGAGCACACCAAACCCCUAUGAACAAGCAAUCUCUAUCAUUGGCGGUACUUUGUCACCCUUUGAUGAAGAUAAUUUGAUACCUUGUUUUGGAUUUGGAGAUGCAUCAACACAUGAUAAAUAUGUAUUCAGCUUUUAUCCUGAUCAUCGACAAUGCCAUGGUUUUGAGGAAGCUCUUUCCCGAUAUAGAGAGAUUGUUCCAUACCUAAAGUUGUCAGGUCCAACAUCAUUUGCUCCAAUUAUUGAUGCAGCAAUUGACAUUGUAGAAAACAGCACUGGACAAUAUCAUGUCCUUGUUAUCAUUGCUGAUGGGCAGGUUACUAGGAGUCCUGAUAUUCCACCUGGGAGUUACAGUCCGCAAGAGCAAGCGACUGUGAAGUCCAUUGUUGCUGCUAGCCAAUAUCCUCUGUCAAUAAUUUUGGUUGGAGUUGGGGAUGGACCAUGGGAUGCAAUGGAACAAUUUGAUGAUAACAUUCCUCAACGUGCAUUUGAUAACUUCCAGUUUGUCAACUUUACAAAAAUCAUGUCUGAGAACACACAAACAUCAAAGAAAGAAACAGCCUUUGCACUUGCUGCCCUUAUGGAAAUUCCAUUCCAGUACAGAGCCACUCAAAGGCUUAAUUACAUGAAAGAAUCAAGUUUAGCACAGGCGAGGCCUCAUCCUCGUACAAGGCCUCUUCCUCCUCCACGUGAAGUGGUUGAUCAUGAUAAUGCUGUUAAAUCAAUCCCAAUCAUAAAAAAUUUUGAUGCAGUUGAACCAACAGCUCCAGUAGAACCGGUGUGUCCCAUUUGCUUGACAAACCCAAAAGACAUGGCCUUUGGAUGCGGUCAUAUGACUUGCAAGUAUUGUGCCGCAACCAUUUCAAUUUGUCCUUUGUGCCGAGAGCCUAUAUCGACACGCUUAAGAAUUUUUACAUGAGUCACAAGAUGCUUCUGGUUGUUGAUUAUGGAAGAAUAAAGAGAAGUGAUAUCAUGGGAAGAUGGCAUUAGCUCAUGAAACCAUGUAAUAUUACAAGUUCAUUAGGUUAUCAAGGUAUAGGUUUUUUUUUGUGGCAGAAUGUCUUUAAGCCAUAAAUUGUAUAGAAGUAUGCUAGUGGGUUUUAUUAAAAUUUUUCAACAAAUUUUUUAUGAUAUAUUUUGUACAAGUAUCAUCAAGAUGCACCCAUUGUGUUGGCAUCAAUGCCGAAUAAUUUGGGAAGUUUUAAGAGCUUUAUGGUAAAAUGCUUAAUUUGGCUA